AGCACAUCCAAAUUAAGCCGUUGAUUCUUGGCAGAAAAAAUGCAGCUGCUGCAGAUCGGACACCUCACUCCCCGCUCUCGAUUUUCACUCUUUUUUGCCCCUUUCCCUAUCAGAUUUCAACUUUCCCCAUUUCCUCAGUCCAACUAACUACCGUCUCCACCCUUCAGCUCGUAGAUAGAAGGAGAAGAAAGAAGAGAUCAGCUCGAUCCCAGUCUGGCCGACUGGCCGUGUUUUUUUCACUCAGCUCGCAAACCUAUCUUGAGAAAUUGAGCGGACUUCGGUUGCUAUGUCGGACCACUUCAUAGCUCCUUGGGACUUGCAGGAAGAGCCCGUCGACGAGUGCUACGGUCCUCCGUCUCCAAUCCAUGGGCAGCAGAGCGAUCAGCUUGUAGGGAAUGCAAUCCCCAAUGGCGGUAAUCCGUUUGCUGACAAUGGUGCAGCUCAAGAAGACAAGAAAUCCCUGGUGAAUGACGUUAUUAGCAACGUCGUUAAUGAGUUGAACAGCGGUGAUCUUUUCAAUGAGGGAGAGCUUCAUGGGACUGAUCAGCUUAUUGGGGCUGUUCAGCAGGGUUCUAGUGGCGAAGGUCUGCCAUAUGCUCCUGUGAACUGGCCGAACCCGGGUGACAACUGGACCUGGAAGGUAGGAAGGAGGAUUAAUACUGCUGGAUUUUUCCAGGAUAGGUUUCUUUAUCCUCCAAAACAUUUCCCCAAGGUGACAGGGGUGAGACCUCCAUUUGCGAGCUUGAAUUCUAUUACCAACUACAUCCGGACGGUGUUUCCAGAUGCUAAUGUUGAUGCAUUUUUCUCGUCCUUCACAUGGAAGGUCCCUGGGAAAAUGGCGCCUCCUUUGAACGCGGAACCGAUCUCCACUUCUUCCCCAAAGCCUGCUCAUGGCGAUGGCGUAAAAGAGGAAGUCCAAGUGCCAGGAGAAGGCUCUCGACUGAGGAAAAGGAAGCCUAAAGAGCCCACUCCACCACCACCAUCCCCACCUCCACCCAGGCAGAAACGACGGCGCAGUGCUGCUAAAUCAUCUGCAAUGAACCAGAAAAAAACAGGAGACAAAACUGGAGCUCCCUCAUCAUCUGCAGCCAAGCGAAGAACUAGGCAUACUGCUAAACAAACUGUCCCUGUCCCUUUUGCCGAUGAGGAUGUUGGAAAUAAUACCCAGGAAGAGGAGUUUAACAUUCCAAUCCCAGAAGACUUCGAUAACUACCUCCAAUCUCUAGAAGACAUCAUCGCCCAGCCAUUUUCUGACAACAUAGUUGCUGCUCAGUCAACAACAAUGACUAGGGAUCCUCCUGUGGACGAUGAUGAGAUAGCUGAAGCUCGUCACAGGCUCUCUUCCUUGCUGGUUAUGGACUUCCGUACACUAGUUUCCUCCAAGAACUUCUCUGAGCUCCCGGCCUUGGCUUCAAAACUGCGCAACGAUCCUCGCCUGACUGCCGAACAGCUCGUCAAGCUGAAGUUGAUUGAGGAAAUCUCUUCUUUCAGGGAGGUUUUUCUUGAAAGUAGGGAUAUCAUUGACCAAAUCGACAGGCAUUACGGAACCCUAGAUGCAAACAAGGCCAAAGUCGCUUCUCUUAAGAGUGAGUAUAGUGAACUGAAGGACAAAACAGACCAACUUCAGGCACAGAUAGACGGGAACAUGUCGACGGUGCACGAUAUCGACAAUGAGAUUGCUAGGCUCCAAGCUCGCCGAGCAGAGUUGAUCAGUGCAGUGGAAUCAAACAAAGCGGCUAAGUUGGAGGUGAGCCACUCACAGAAGAUGGUGGCGAGUGUGAUUCCAAAUGUUGUGCAUGAGAUUCAAAUUUCCAAUUCCAAGAUCCCAGAGUGGGAUCUGAAGCGGAGCAAUGCUGUGAAGCGGGAGGCAGAAAUCCUCGCAAAGUUUGCACCUUUGCAAGGGUUCUCCCUCAUUCCACCGCCCUUUCAUGGACUGUUUCUGUCUGAAAAUUUGACAUUACCUUCUUACACCGCAUAUCUCACUGGGAUCGUGCUUCUUCCUCAUAGACAAUGGUACGCUGGCAGAGUUAUUGUGAAUUUGAUUGUGAUGAGCUCCGGAGUGUUAGCAAGGGCCUUUGCUCAGGCAUAUCGUCAAGCGCUUCAAAAUGCUUCGAGGAACGGUGUUGCACAUGAAACAAUACAUAACAUGAAGAAAGUCAGUAAGACGAUGACCGAGUCUGAGGCUAGGCAGAUUCUUGGAGUUUCUGAAAAUGCACCGUGGGAGGAGAUUCUAAAGAAAUACGAUUCCUUGUUUGAGAACAAUGCGAAGAACGGCAGCUUCUACCUGCAAUCCAAGGUCUUCCGAGCUAAAGAACGCCUGGAAAGUGCAGCCAAGAAGGGCGCCGAAGGAAUAACUGGGCUGAACAUUUAACGUUCUCGUCUCUUCUCCUAACUGCAGAGGUGCACAUAUUAGAAGUCAGCAGGUGCGUGUUAGUUCGAUGUUUCACUGUAAUGUGUGUCGAAGCAUGUAGUCCAAAAAGACGAACUGGAAUUCCAGGUCUGCAAAUUUUAUAAAGAAUUUUUUAAGAACAAACAGAAAGCCAAUUGUGGAUGUAAAAUGUCUUGCAGUCAUGUUCAUUUACUCGUUGUGUUAUAGUUGAACCCUUGACGUGAGAGUAUUUGAGUUCGGUCGUGAAGGGUAGUUUUCCGACAGCUCCUCCCUGGCUGGCGUUCGCUAGGGCCACCAGGCUGGUUCAAUCCCCACCAACAGUCCAACAUCGUUAGAAAAGACAAUUUCAACCUGGUGCAGUUGCAGCAAUGCACAGUUGUAAGUUCCUUAUAAAAAAAACACAGUUGAAAGUUCCUUUUAAAAAAGGGAACCCUUUAAAAAAUACAGUUGUAAGUUGUAACAGAUGACAUUUUCUCACUAGAAAGG